CACAUCGAUCAAAAUGAGUGCUAACGUGAAGCGGAUGAGAGGCUUGGCAAUCCAUCGUGGCAUAUUGAUCGGAAAUACGGCCACACCUCUUUCAGAAGCAGAAAGGAUCGUUAGUGCACCGGAUCAUACGCAUAAAUGGACAGUUGCUGUUCGAAGUGUUGCAUCACAUCCGCUGCCCAGCAUCUCUGAGGCAGAUCAACUUGGUUUAGCUUCAUCCUCUAGAGGAACACAUCAAAAUGCAGAUGGAAGUGGAGCGGGAACAAAUGUAGGUGCAUCUAUAAGUGGGUCUAACAAUGCAGAAAGAGAAGUUUCCGUAUCGGGAACUCCUGCUCCUUCCACAGGAGUGAGCACGAGAGGCAGAGAAAGUGAAACAGAUUAUCACAAAAUGGUGGGCGGCAAGGAUGAUAUUUCACACUUCAUCAAACGAGUUCAAUUCAAAUUACAUGAAACCUAUCCGCAGCAUACACGAAAUAUUGAUAAGCCACCGUUUCAAGUUACAGAAACAGGAUGGGGUGAAUUUGACAUUCAGAUCAAAAUCUUUUUCGUUCCUGAAUCGGGAGAGAAGCCAAUCUCAACAUUUCAUCGGCUAAAAUUGCAUCCUUGGCAUCCGGUUACUAUUCCUGCUCCUGAGGUCGGGCUGGGUAACCCGGAAGGCAGUGCAGAUGCACCGACCAUCACUACUGGAGCCAAUGAAACGAUCGCAGAUACUUCAGUAGCAGAAGGCCAGGCGGAUACUACGAUGGAAGAUACGGAAGCAGGUCAAGAUGAGACGCAGGAGGUGGCUGGUGAUGUCAGUGUUCAGGAAGGUGAAACAUCGGUGAGCAAUAUAGGUGAAGCGACCAAUGCAUCCAUCACUGCCAUCAAGAAUGAAGAAACAUCAACGCCAAUGGUUCAUGAAACACGAAGUGCAAGUGCAGCAGCUCAUCCGACCGCCCUUCGACCGCUGCCAUCUGUAGUUCAUUCAUGGGCGUAUGACGAGAUUGUUUUUCCAGAGCCUACGGAAUCAUUUUAUGAAGUUCUGAUAAAACAUCCACCUACCCCAUUACCCACACAAUCCGCUCAAGCGUUCUCUGACCCAGCUUCUUUCCAACGAUACAAAACUGCUUUGAGUCAAUUGGAUGAUACAAGUGGACCACAAGGACGUGAUUUACGAUUGGAAUCGGGUGUUCUACCGCCACAUCCUCUUCAUGAUUCUUCUGGUGCACUUUUUGAUGCACUUUCACAAGAAGCAAUGCAGGCGGAAGGAGAACGAUUAGAUCAAGCAAGACGAAAUGCGGUUCAAGAAUUGGAGGAAACACGUGCUAAAUUGAUUGAAGGAGAACGGAAAUUAAGGAGUGGAAGGCCGAUCUCUGCUAUUUAAAGUAUGUCCUUUGUUUGUACUACUGUAUUUUAAUUUAUACCAAUGAUCCAUCCGAUCUUCGAGGUUGU